UCAUCCCAUCGCGACUCGCGUCCAUCGUCGUAUCGCUCAACAAGGCUGUCGCAAUGGCCAACUCCAACUUCCUCGAUAAAGCAAUCGACGUGGUCAAGCUGGCCAUCGAUGAGGAUACGAAGCAAAAUUACCCCGAAGCGUACAAGCAAUAUCAAAAUGCUCUCGACUACUUCAUGCUCGCCAUGAAGUACGAGAAGAAUCCCAAACUCAAAGAACUCGUCCGUACAAAGUUUGUCGAAUACCUAGACAGAGCAGAGAAGAUCAAGCAGCACCUUGCCUCAUCCCAAGAGUCCAAAGGUAGAGCAGCCCUCGGCGCCAAUGGUGGUGAGAAGGGGGUCGGAGGUUCGGCGAAUGGCAAGAAGGAUGGCGAAGAGGGAGAUGAUGGCGUUGAUGCAGAGACGAAGAAGCUGAGAGCAGGACUUUCCAGCGCGAUAUUGAGCGAGACGCCCAAUGUAUCGUGGGACGAUGUUGCUGGUCUGCAAACAGCCAAGGACGCCCUCAAGGAGGCGGUCAUUCUUCCCAUUCGCCACCCUCACCUCUUCACGGGCAAGCGCACACCUUGGCGUGGUAUCCUGCUGUACGGACCUCCGGGAACGGGAAAGUCCUUCCUAGCGAAAGCUGUGGCCACAGAAGCGAAGAGCACCUUCUUUUCCGUCUCAUCGUCAGAUUUGGUCAGCAAGUGGAUGGGAGAGAGUGAGCGGCUGGUCAAGCAGCUCUUCCAGAUGGCGAGGGAGAGCAAGCCAAGCAUCAUCUUUAUUGAUGAGGUGGACAGUCUGUGUGGGACUAGAGGAGAGGGGGAGAGUGAGGCGAGUAGGAGGAUCAAGACCGAAUUUUUGGUCCAGAUGAACGGCGUAGGCAACGACGAGGCUGGCGUCCUCGUCCUCGGAGCGACCAACAUCCCCUGGGCACUGGAUAUUGCCAUCAAACGUCGUUUCGAGAAGCGCAUCUACAUUCCGCUCCCCGAGAUCGAAGCACGAGAACGUCUGUUCCGCCUCAACGUCGGUGACACGCCUUGCGAGCUCACAGGGCAGGAGUAUCGCGACCUGGCAAAGAGGACAGAGGGCUACAGCGGAAGUGAUAUCAGCGUGCUGGUACGAGAUGCCUUGAUGCAGCCGGUGAGGAAGGUUUUGGCUGCGACGCAUUUCAAGGAGGUCGUAGCGCCCGUCAAGCGCGGCGAGGACAAGAAGGGUCCACUUGCAGGUGCCUCAUCAACGCCGCCGACGACGGACAGUGAUGCCGACUACGAGAUUGUGGGCGCAACAAAGACGUACUGGCAGCCGUGCUCUCCUGGUGAGCAGGGAGCGACGGAGAAGAGGUGGGAGGAUAUUGGCGGGCAGGACUUGUUGGAACCUCCGCUCGUCUACAAGGACUUUGUGCGCGCCAUCGAUAUGGUGAGACCGACGGUCACGACGGCCGAUAUUCAGCAGCAUAUCAAGUGGACGCAGGAUGCUGGGGUAGAGUAGAAUCGCGUGGCGUCGCGUCGCGUCCUUCGUCUACUGUUGUCUUGUCCCGCUUCUGCGCUUUACCAUAUCCAUCUCGUCUACGCAUCUGCUGCCUACCGUGUGACCUCAUCACUCGUGCAGUUCAAGAGCGAUGCAGCUUUGCCCACACGGGAUGAGAGGCUACGGCCGACAAGCAGGCUAAGAAGACAUCGUCUUUCCGGUUGGAGAAUAAGUCAAGAUGAGCACCA